AUUUAACAAGCGAACGGGGGUGGAAAACGGAGAAGACAAUAACGCCACGCUUGUUUGUUUCGCCAUCGCUUGGUGCAAUUUGAAAAUAGUUUUUUAACCAGGAAACCAAAAAAAGCGCCGUUCGAGUAUCGGCUGUUGAUCAAGAUCGCCGUGAAAAGUAUAUAUUUAAGGGAAUGACCAGACCGAAGGGGAAGGCGAACGAGAAGGCCACGGCGAAAAAAACAACGGGCGGCUGGAAGCUUCCGUCGGCCACCAAGGAAGCCAGCAAAGAUGGGGAGAAAGAGAACGAGGAUCAGGGCGUGGCGGACACCUCCUCCGCACCCACAUCCGCCUCCGCAUCCACGGAGGCCAUGUACUCCAUAAUGCGGCACGCCGAGCUCAAGGAAUCCCUGCACAAGCGCUUCGUGAAGGAGAUGCAGCAACUGUACACAAAGAUGGGCCACAAUUCGUUCAAGCAGACCUUCAUCAACGUGUUGAAGGCCGUCCUGGAAGCGGAGGAGGGCAACGAGAAUGCCAACACCGCCCUAAACUUCUGCGCCACCUUCGUGAGCACUCCGGACGAGACGGGCUCGGAGCCCAUGUUGGGCGAUACAUUCCGCUGGCUGCUGACGACCUAUUCCGCGAGCCCGCACAUCCGCUAUCGCAUCUGCUACUUUAUAAAUCUCAUACUCAAGGAACUGGGGCCGAAUGCCGCCCUGGAUGACAGCCAGUGUGAUGACAUCCUGGAGGGGAUGCUGGACCGCGUCAAGGACGUGUCCGCCAUGGUGCGAAAGCAGGCCGUGCUGGCCAUGCAACGCCUUCAGAAUCCGGACAGUCCCAGUGACCCCGUCGUCUGUGCCUAUCAGUAUCACCUGUCCGCCGAUCCCUCGUCCAACGUGCGGCAGUGCAUCAUAUCGUGCAUGGGCCGCAACUACAUCACCAUUCCGCACAUCCUGCAGCGCCUGUGGGACGUGGACGAGAAGGUGCGUCGCCACACGUACGUCAAUCUCUGCAACUAUCCGGUGCGCUCCUACAAGGUGGCCCAGCGCCUCACCCUGCUGGAGCAGGGACUCAACGACACCUCGGCCACGGUACGCAAAACGGUGGUCAACUACAUGCUCAAGACGUGGAUCGAGUCGUACCAGCAAAACUAUGUCGCCCUCACGGCCGCCCUCAAGCUGGACUCCAACGAGGAGGAGCUGCUGCGCUUCCGGCGCGUGGCCAAGCAAAUGCUGAGGGUGAUCUUCGAGCAGACGGACCACCAGAAGCUCGUGGACCAGCUGCCGUUGAGCGAUGACUGCGAGCUGCAUCGCUGCAUUCCACACGAAUUGCUGACCGUGGAACUGCUGAUAUACUGGCAGUGUCUCAGCGAGUUCCUGGAGACGGAGCAGCCCGAAAUGGAGUCGGUGUUGCCGGAACUCAGCGUCUUCUGCAACUAUGUGGAUAAGUUCUGUCAGUUUCAAAAGCCCGACAUGGACAAGUUCGCCCAGGUCGAGUUCCAGAACAUGCUGCUCUCGCUGGUGGAGAUCCUGCAGUCGUACGAUCUGGGCGACGAGAUCGGGCGCGGCAACAUGCGCCAGCUGAUCGCGGCCCUGCUGAAGGACUGCCUGCUGGACCACAAGAUCGUGUGCGUGCUGGUGCGCUGCAUGGAGCAACUGAUCACCGACCUCAACGAUCGGAUGCAGUUCUUCAUCGAGAUCAUCUACGAGCUGUGCGAACUGAACACCAAGCAGAACGAGCUGAUACACGACCGCAGUUUGAUCAAUAAGUUGCUGGACGACUUGGACACGCCGCUGAAGAUGAAGAUCUCCUCGCUGAAGGUCAGGAUCCUCGAAAUGGAGGAGCAAGAGGACAACUUUGUGCGCCAAAAGGAGUACAUAAGGGCGCAGUCGGUGAACGAUGAGAAGACCGCCGUCACCGAGGAGUACACCGAACUCAUCCGUCCUGUGCUGGAGCGGAACGGUGUGCUCGAAAAGGCCGCCCGUCCGAAGCUCUCCAAGCAGGAGCGCGUGCUAAAGGGCCUGUACAUGUGCUACUACAUGACCGCCUCGCCGCACGUGCACAAGCUGACGCCCAGCCUGUGUCAACUGUACAAGGACUUCAUCUGCCGAUACCUGGCCUGCGCCGAGGUGGACAUCUUCGAGUGGGCCAUUAAGUGCGGCACCACCUACAGCAUGUUCUACGAGGCCUACAGCAAGGAGGUGUUCGAGGUGGUGUUGGACCAGUACUGCAACAACAACAUCGUGCGGCUGUGCGAGACGGCGGCCAACUGCAUAUUGGAGCUGCUGGAUCACUACGGCGUGGACUACUUCAACGAUCUGAACCAGGCCGGCGGAAAUGUGUCGAAGACAAAGCGACGACAGCUCUACACCAUGCAGGAGAUCUAUGACGACGACGAUGGCAGCAUGUCGCAGAACAACGAGCAGAAUUCCGACAUCAUCGUGGUAAUGGGCCACUACAUGGAGCGGGUGCAGAACAAGAACGUCGGCGUGGCCAUCGCACGCGGCCUUUGCCGCCUGGUGCUCCGCGGCCACUUGGACGAUCGCCCGGAGGUGCUGGAGCAGCUGCUGAAGCGGUACUUCAAUCCCAACACCGAGGCCAUCAUCAGUCAGGUGCUGGGCAUGUUCUUCGAGGAGCUGAGACGCCUCAACAAACAGUGUCUCCUGCAGCCAUGCUUCCUGCCCACCGUUUGGACCAUCAUGAACUGCAGCAUUGAUUCGCCGCUCAACGGCGUCCAGCCCGAAAACCUGACCAAGUUUUUCUUCGAAAUGACCGUGCAAGAGAACAGCACGCCCCAAACAAAUAUCCACAACAAACUGGCGAUCAGUUUUCUGCAAUACAUUCAGAACUACUUCACGGAGCGCAAGGAGAUGUGCCGCCUUCUGGCCAAGGAGCUCACACGACUUUCUAUAAACGUAUUCAACGGGCCAGAGAUUAAGGCUGAAAUGCUUGAUCUGGCGGACAAGCUGAUAGCUAACGAAUUGGAACCUCGCAUGAUCAAAAACAUUGGGAACUUCAAGCUGAUGGUGAAUGGCAGUUUCAAUCCUCCGCCUCGUCGGAAUCCCGAGGACGGCGAAAGCGAUGACGAGUGCGAGACGGGGACUGUGACCACUGCGGAUUUGGAAGUGCCAGCACCAGCGCCAACACAAAUAGAAGCCCCAGCCCCCAGUCCCGAAGAAUCUUCCAGCUUGCAGACUCCCACUUCAGCUCCAGAGACUCACGAGAGUGAAACAUCCGCAGGGGAAGCCGCAGCUACUCCUAAAGCAGUCAAAGCAGCCGAAGCAGCAGUACCACCAAUUCCAGAGCCCAUUGUGACGACAUAUGGCAAAGACAACAUAGUUGGAAUACGCUACCUGCGCCGCUCAAUGGCCAUUAGCCUUUCGGAUGCAGAGAGCUUGUUGGAAACGCAGGCAGUCAAUGCGGAGGAAAACACGGAAACGGAAGCGGCGGCGGCAGAGACAUCCAAACGGAACUCAAGUCGACCACAGAUGAGGCGUCGCCUCCAAAUGGCCAUGGCCAGGUCAUCCAAGACGCCGGAAAAGAAGCCAGCUAGUUCGGAUCUCUCAUCCGAUGAGGAGAUAUCCGAGAGUCCAGCUAGAGUAGAAAGAGCAAACGAUUCCGAGGUGAUCCAGGCAUCUCCCACAGCCGCCUCACCCAGUCCCGUCAAAGCUGCUCCGAAUGCCAGCCACUUGAGACUUCGUUCGCUGCGCAGCAGGAAAGUCACCGCCACCGCCGGCACAUCCAUGACCCAGACCCCCUCCAACCCACCUAGCAAACGAAAGGUCCUGCAUCUGGAGACACCUUUAAGAAACGGACGCAAGCGAGUGCUUCGACGGACACCGUCAGAUCCCAAUUCCCUGAGGACCACCAGCGAUUCCACGGCGCUCUCGCCGCCCCGCGGCUCUCCGCUGCGCAAGCAGCCUUGCCUGGACAACAGGAGUUCCCGGCGACAGCAGAUGGCCAAGAAUACGAACAGUCCCACGGACAGCACAUCGUCGGUUAAGGAAAAUCAAGUGCCUCCCGUCGUUGUGGUUCAAUCGGUAUCUGUAUCGGUUUUGAAGUCGCAAACAGAAAGCGAUUCUGAAAGCGAUGCUGCACCAGAACACAGAACCGCAAAGUCCAAAAAGCCGAUCAUCAACAAGGCGCUACAUGUUAUCCGAUCCCGACCAAGCUCCAGUACGCCAAAGGUGACGACGCGUAACGAUUCGCGCUCGCAGCGGAUCAAUUCCAUGUGCAUGACCCGCAAACGGAUGUCCCUCGAGAUGAACCUCAGUGGUGGCCAGCUGCAAGUGUCCACACCGAAGCGCGUGACGCGCUCCGUGGCCAUGAGCAUGAGCGUGGACAGUAAACGCAGCAGGCGGAAAUAGCCUCCGUCCGGAUUCGCCUCCAUUUCUCACUCUCACUCUCACUGUUCGUUCUGUGUUCCCUCGUUAGUGUUAAGUUCUAUGGCCGUUUCUUUGUGUAAAAUAUGUGUAAAUUAUGUAGUAGUUUCAAGUUUAAAUAAAUCGUUAAAUAAUUUAACAGACAAACAA